CCUCUGAUAAGGACAGAGUAUAGGUAAAGGUUGGCACGGUCACUCAGGGUAAGAGGGGAGAGGAGGAGAGAUCGGAGGGUGUCUGUAAAGCGGACAGUCCCUCGGUCCCGGUAGAACAAUGCCACGAUGAGCAGUUUUCUAGACUACACGGUGAUGAGCGGAGAAGGUGGCUCAUGCUCUGUCAGGGCUUUCCACUCGGACCACGGGAUAACAACUUUCCAGUCCUGCGCUGUGUCAGUUAACAACUGUGGCGCGGACGACCGUUUCGUGGCGAGCAGGGCUUCCCCCGAUGGCAUCCCCCACCAGCCGGGCUCGUACCAGUCCACUGCGAGCUCCCUGGGUCUCGCCUAUGGGGCCCACCCGGCCUGCGGCUCCAGCUAUGGACCCCAAAGUUUCUGUGCCACGUACAACCCAUAUGCGCUCAACCAGGAAGUGGACGCCACAGCUGGAUUUCCUCAGUGUGGCCCACUGAUGUACUCGGGUAACAUUUCCUCCCCUAUGGUCGCUCAGCAUCGCCAAGGUUACAGUGCCGCCCCCCUGGGCCAGCUGCAAUAUGCCCACGCUGCCUACGGCGGCGGGCAUGAGCAAGCGGCCCAUUUCCCUGGGUGUUCAAACCCGCUGUCACCCCUGCACGCAGCUCACCUGGAGGCCUGCUGCUCACCCCUGUCCGAGGCUGCGUCUUCGGCACAGACCUUCGACUGGAUGAAAGUCAAGAGGAACCCACCAAAAACAGGCAGGUCGGGGGAGUACGGAUAUGGGGGUCAGCCGAACACGGUCCGGACCAACUUCACCACCAAGCAGUUGACGGAGUUGGAAAAGGAGUUCCACUUCAACAAGUACCUGACCCGGGCGCGGCGCGUGGAGAUCGCGGCUGCGCUGCAGCUGAACGAGACUCAGGUGAAAAUAUGGUUCCAGAACCGCAGGAUGAAGCAGAAGAAGCGGGAGAAGGAGGGGCUGCUGCCGGCCAAAGCCCCAGCCUCCGACCCGGGAGAAGACAUUCAAGAGAAAGCGGACGAUGCAGCAUCUGAGAAGUCCAUUUCGUCCCCAUCUACUCCUUCUCCCACGUCCUCCACGCUGUCUUCCACUGGGGCUGAUCCAUACUCUUCCAAUUAAGAUCCAACUGCCCUUUUUACCUCUUUGGGCCACAGGCGGCCUGUACAUACCAAAAGCUCAUGAAUGACCAGUGUAUCAAAGCCAAAAUUCUGGUUGAGGAAUAACGUAUGUGAACAUUCAGAAUGACUUAAUGCACUAUUUGGGACAUUGGACAAUGAUAUGGACUGUUUCUGGGUUAAAGAUUUGUUUUAUAUUGCAUAUCGUGUUCGCAAACCAUGAGAAUUGCUGUCUAAACCGAAAUGUAGGUUUAAAAUGAUGUGUCCACUCUCUUUUGCAAUUUGACGUUGAACGACUGUUGCGCUAUACGACUACGACGGUGCGAGAGAUACCCUGGUACUUUCCAUGUUCCUGCCUCUGACAUGUGCUGCGGAAAUUAAACCAAUGCGAAGUCACAAAGAACGCGUACACAAACAAAUAUACCUCAAAUGUGCCAAAGUUGUGCGUCAUGGCCACGGCCGGGCGGAUUGCACUGGAUGUCGUCAAUUAGGCAUCACACAAUCAACGAGGUGGCCUCGUUAAUUCAUCGUAAUCGAGUGCAUUGUUAUCGUAUAGCUCCUUAAUCACUGUCACGUCUGUGUUGCAGGCCUGCGAGUCUGUGUGUGUGUGUGUGUGUGUGUGUAUAUGUGUGUGUGUGUGUUGCGACCGUCUGAAUGUCUAUUGUGUGAGAUUUGCAUGAUGCGUAAAUGCUUUCAUGUGUUAUUAGCGGGGCGCUGAGUUUUAUCAGUUGGGGAAACCGGGCGUUGUGGCCAUGUAGGUCCCAGGCUUUUAUCUGUUGUCUAUUUAAUCCAGUGGAGCACAUGCGGAGUGGUUUGCCCAGAGAUACGUUUACGGGUCAAUCAUGAGUAUUAAAGAGCGUUUACCUCUGAAAAAAACACCUGACUGUGUCGUUGCUGAAGGGGGAAGUCUUUGAGGGAGACAGGGUUAGAAAGACAUUCAACGCACAUCUUCCAUUUAAAGCCACCCAUCGGAUCUUCAUUUCGGGAGGAAAAAGCAAAGCUCUGCACUUUUCUCCACAGCUCCAUGGGAGCCGCGAGUCAUCUCCUUCGGACAUGGCAUGUGAGUCCCUCAAUGUAUGCGGCCGCGCGCGCUCCCGUCCCCUGGGCUAAAGGGUUAUUGGCAUAAACACGCAGCAUUGUUUAUCCACGGAGGGGAUGAAUCCGCGUCACUUGUGAUGACAACCUCAUCGAGCUUUCGGCUUAUUGAGGGGGACAACAAAAAAAAAAAAACAGAAAGAAAACCAUUAUUGAUUUAACAUCGAGGUGAGGCUAUCGACAAGGACCAGGGGGCCCCCUCUGGCCCUGUCAGCGUAAACUCCUCAGUUCCCUAAAGUUACAAGGAGGUGUCAUCACCAUGCACCUGACGACAAGAAGAGGAAUAGUGAAAACUUGCAGCACUGCCUGUCAUGCAGUCAACUGCACUUCAAGAUACG